AUGGUUAACCUUACCAACGUCUUGGAUUACCUGGAUGAUGUUCAAAAUGGCACGAGCAUAGUACUGGAGUUUAAUAACUCAACGCGAAGCAAUGCCACUGAGGCUACUCCCUUGGAUAGCGUUCACGAUUUGCAAUACAACAAGACGAUACGGAUUGUUUGUCUAUACGCCCUGAUCAUUCUGGGGCUGAUAGGGUCUACCCUUGUCUUCAUUUGGAUGUGGUUUAACCGUCGACUCAAGUCCAGAGUGAACUUACUUAUAUUAAACCUUACUCUUGCUGACCUCGUCGUUGUGUUUUUCGGAUGCAUUCCUCAGCUCAUAUGGGAAUAUUUCGACAGAGACUGGAUCGCUGGAGAGUUUAUGUGUAAAACAGUGAAAUAUUUGCAAGGUAUCGGGUUGAUGUCCAGUUCGUACAUGCUGGUCAUUUUGGCUAUAGACAGACAUCAGGCUAUCCGGGCACCUCUGCGGGAACCACCACCGGUAUGGGUUAUGGCGGGCAUCGGAUGGGGAAUCUCCUUGGCAGGCGCUUUUCCACAGCUCUUCGUCUUUCACCUGAAUCACACCAACGGCCACUGCGAGAACAUAUUCCGAGAGACGGAGAAAUCGAACCGUGCAGCUUAUUUGACGUACGCCUUGGUUUUGUCCUUCCUCAUUCCGCUCAUCAUCCUCGCUAUAUGCUACGCUCGGAUCUUUCUGAAAAUUUCCCAAAAAGCAGCAGAGAGCAAUACAAACAGGCGCCAGACCUUUAAACCAGGGAAAGUCCACCUCCAGAGUACGCCAUCGUCGUCCUUACCUAAGGCAAAGAUAAAAACACUCAAGAUGACUUUUGUGAUCGUCUCCACUUUCAUUUUCUUUGGACUGCCGUACUUCAUCGCCGAGAUGAUCAUGUCAUACGGAGAUCACCGAGUUUUGAACGCACACCUGUACGCAGUCCUCGGCGCUGUUGCUCCAGCAUCCUCUUCUGUUAACCCCUAUGUAUUCCUUUUGUUCAACGCCAACUGGCGUUGCCUUGCCGGACUGGGAAAUUCCCUCCCUUGGAGCAACGCCGUGCAUGAUAGGCGGCGCUAUAUUUACUCCAAUACAAGUUUGAGAACGGAAUUCACUUCCGUCAACAGUGACAUUGUAAGGUCAUCAAUGUACAAGCCAGCCAUCGUGGACAAAGACACGGUAGAGAUGUAUACCCUCCAUUGA